AUGGCUACGCAGAUGCGGGGAUGCCUCUGCCGUUUGGAAUCCAGAAGCAGAUCGACAAGUAUCGUAGUCUCCCACGUGGGAAGUCCAUACCUCACCUUCGCGAACUCGGCCCGAGAUCUAAACUCGGCAGACCUAGGCACACAGUACAUGAACCAGAACGGCAACUCCAUGCGGCUCCUCUCCGUGCAGAUAGCGGAGAUCACCGUGCGAACCACGAUUGGCGCAAUCCCUCUCGGUUGA